AUGGACAGCGGUAAAGAGAUCAAGUCCGUUUGUGACCUUGUCCAGAGAUGGGCACACGCAAAACCCGACCAUCUGGCAAUUUCGUUUGGGUCAAGGAAUGUUUCAUAUGGGCAACUUGAGGAUGCAGCGUCUCAUGUCGCGUGGCUUCUGCAACAAAAGCAGGUAUUGCCAGGAGACUUUGUCCCUGUGCUGGCCACUCGCAGUAUAGAGAUAUUCCCCUGCUUCCUCGGAGUCCUCAAAGCCGGAGCUUGUUACGUUCCUAUUGACAUCGAAUCGUGGAAUGAGAAGCGCAUAACGAUGACUUUGAAGACCGUCUCCGCGAGAGUAGUAAUAAAUCUAGGCACUGCGGUCACGACCUCAUACCCUUCAAAGUGCAGUGUUAUAACGAGCUCUGACGUUAAGGCAGGUUUGGAGACGACUGCUACUGAGCAGAAACAUGGCAUCAAAAAAGGUCGAGACGCGCCAGAAAUAAAGCCUUCGGACCUAGCUUACAUGAUCUUCACGUCGGGGACGACAUCGGCACCGAAAGGGGUCAUGAUUCCUCACUCGGCCAUUUUGAAUUACGCGCAGCAGGGUAACGAUGAGACCCCUUUCAACUUCAACGCAACCCCGGACGACAGGGUUCUGCUUUUCUUCUCACCCGGGUUCGAUGCUUGUGUCGCCGUCAUGGUCUCGGCUUUGUGCAAUGGAGCGCAGGUGGUUGUAGCGAGCGCACAUGAUGUUCUGGAAUGCGCAGCUCGCUCGACCAUCCUAGUGGCCACCCCGUCUAUCUUAACAGCAUUUGGAACUCCAGGGAAUGUCUUUGAUAGGGCCCGAACUAUCAUACUGGGCGGCGAGGCUCCGUCUGAAUCCCUACUGCACAAGUGGUGGACGCCCACCCGCAGUAUCUACAAUGCGUAUGGGCUGACGGAAACCACCAUCAUGUCAUUGAUCGGCCGCGUCGUGCCUUGGAAGCCCGUGACACUUGGUCAACCCAUGCAAGGUUCACGUGUGUUGCUAUUAAAAGAUGGAGAUUUAUCAAAUGUUGAAAGAGGUGACUGUGACUUUGGCGAGAUAUGCAUCACCGGGCCUGGACUAGCAGUGGGAUAUUAUCAGAAUGAGGCCCUCACAGCCGAGAAAUUCAUCACCUUGAACAGUGGUGAGAGGGCAUACCGAACCGGCGACUUUGCGAGGAGAACUAAACACGGUCUUGAAUUUGCCGGUCGCAUGGACAGUUUAGUCAAGAAUCGGGGGUUUCUGAUCAACCUUGAAGCACAAGUCGUACCCGCACUUCUCGCCCAAGGCGCGAACGAAGCUGCAGCCUUCAUGCACAACAAACAGCUGGUAGGCAUUGUCACCCCGGAGAAUGUGGAUAUUCGAGCGAUGCGGCAGGCGUUGGCACGCAAGCAUGAAGACUUCCUCGUUCCAGAUCAGAUUCGGGCUUUCAACGCACUUCCAAUGACGGUAAAUGGCAAGACGGACACCCACACGCUACGGCGGCAGCUAGAGGUGGAAGAGCACACCAACAACAAUCAACCAAACAUUGUACAUGAUGAUUUACAUCACCUGGCCAGGCACGAUGCGCACAAUGUCCGUGGAGGAAUGUCGAAGAUGGAGACGUUGAGAGAGGCCAUUGUGGCUGCAACCUCGCUGCCACUCGACAAGGUCGCCAAAGACUGUUCUUUUUGGGAGCUAGGUGGGAACUCGCUCGUAGCUAUCCAAGUCGCGUCUUACUUGCAUAAACGAAAUCUUCGGAUUGGGCUGAAAGCCAUUUUUGACCUCCCAAAUCUCAGCUCCGUCUGUGACGCACUGAAAGAGAUCGAGGCAAAUGGUACAGAUGGGCAUAUAGAAUGCGGUGAGUUAAGGGAUAAUGAGAUGAUGGAAACCAACAUUCCCAAGGGGCCAAUGACUAGUCUACAGACAAAAAUGGUGCAAGGUAGCAUCAGAAGACCUGGGCUUAACUACAUGUUUCUGCAUCUUCGUAUUCCUUGGUAUCCAACCACCACUUCCAGCCUCAAGAGGAUGAAGGACGCGUGGAAUCAGGUCUUGCAGCGACACUCGGCUUUCCGGACGUCGUUCCUGUUAAAGGAAGGGAUGCAGGAAAUACGCCCGCAGGUGAAUUUAGAUUGGUACCACGAGGAAUCCACGUCGGACAGAGCGGCCGCAGUCAUUCUUGCGCAGUCUCGCGAGAUGCGCAGGCAGCUAACAGUGGUUGACGAGUUUUCAGAGGACCUGUACCUGCCCGUGACUGCAUUCCGGCUCAUCACUGUGUCAGGCCACGACUCGACACUUCUAAUGGCGGUGCAUCAUGCUCGGGUGGACGGUUGGUCCCUCAGCAUCGUCAUCAAUGAGGUACAGGCCGCUUUACAAGGUGUUGAUGGCAAUGAUUCACUGCCGUCCAUAUCUCAUUGCCCAGACCAGUUCCUAAAUGUCACAUUGGCCCAGAAGAAGCUUCAGAGCGAUCCAUCUGGAGUUGAUUUCUGGGCCCAGACACUUUUGGAAAAUCAAGCCGCGUUUCCGGAGUUGACGCUGCCCAAAUCUCACGCACCAUCGGUGCCAUUCUCAACCUCAAAUCAAUCCGAAGAAGCCUCAUCAAGCUGCAUGAGCAGCCAUAUCUUGCCCCUGGACCUACGUGUUUGUGAUUUGGAAAUGGCGGCCCGUCGUUUUCAUGUUGUUCCGUCCACUCUAGUGUACGCAGCCUGGGGCCUUGUGCUCUCCAACUACACCUUGUCGGAUCGUGUGGCAUUUGGUAUUGUCUUAUCAGGCCGUAACGUCAUCACAAACUCCGUCCUAGAUGCGAGAAUAGACAUGGAUAUAGAAGGUGUCGUCGGCCCUCUGAUCAACACAGUCCCUUUCCCCAUUCGAUUUACCAGCAAGCAUCAGACGAUAUCAGACUUCGCAUCAUCAGUCCACAGCCAUUUGCUGGAGACGGUGGAAUUUCAGUGGUCCACCGCCGAGGUCAUGACUUCCCUGAGCGGCGAGAACAUCAAUAGCAUUAUGCGCACCGUCGUCGCUACUGAGUACGACGUACCGCCGCUAAACGGAGCCUGGUGCAUCGAGCGUCAGGACUUCAUGGUGGAGUUUGGGCUGUCACUGAUGGUUGAGAAACAAGGCUCAGAUGGACUCCAAGUCCGCGGUCUCUUCGAUGCCACUCAUUGUGAUAUUUUUGAUGUUCGUAAAAUCUUACUACACUUCCGGAACGCGUUGAAAGGCUUCAUAGACCAAAGCAACAUGUAUGUGCAUGACGUGCGGGCGGGACUGUUAGAGGACAGCGAAAUCGCCACCCUUAUUCGACCACCUACCAACAAAGCAGAGUAUGACGGCCCCAAGACGGUCAAGGAGGCUCUCGAAGCUGCUGCAACCAAGUGGCCAGAGCUGUGCGCGGUUCAAUCUACACAGGACGGCACCAUGUCUUACCGAGAGCUAGACGAGGCAUCUAACAAGUUGGCUAGAGCGUUGAGAGGACGAAUCAAGGGUAAGGUGCCUACCGAGGUAAUUGUUUGUGUCUUGACGGAUCGAUCGCUGCAUUGGAUUGUGGCAGUCAUGGCUGUGAUCAAGGCCGGCUGUAUCUGCUGUCCACUCGACGUGACGCUCCCAGAAGGGAGGGUAGAGACCAUUGUGAAGCAAAGCGGCGCCUCCGUCUUUGUGUCUGCGAAUCAACAUUGCAUGUCAGCCAUAGAUUUUUUGAGAGAAGGUACUACCAAUCAGAGUAAGGCUUACAUCAUCGUUGACAAGUUUCUGCAAGGUGAUACCCAGCAGGAUGCGACCCCUUUAGACACCAUCACCCAGGCAGCCGAUGUGAUUUACUUGGUCUUCACUUCAGGGACUACCGGAGUUCCAAAAGGUGUUCCACUACAUAAUCUCAGCAUUUUGCACGUCAUAGAAAACCCGGUUGUCCGGCUUCGCGCAGCACCAGGUCGUUUUGACAUUGCUACACUCGAGAUAUUUGGCACGCUCUGCUAUGGAGGUACCUUGAUGCUUAAAGAAGCUUGGGAUCCGUUCAAGCACCUUAAACGUGCCCAUGCCGCCAUAAUGACCCCCUCGUUGCUCUUGGCGUGUCUCCCUUCCGAGUAUACGAAUCUCGACACAAUACUAGUUGGCGGAGAGCCUGUUCCGCCAUCCGUAAUCGAAUUAUGGGGUGAAGGGCGAAGUCUGAUAAACGGCUACGGGCCGAGCGAAUGUGGAUCCAUUUCAACAACUGCACAACUUCUACCUGGCCACAAAGUUACGAUUGGUCACGAGCUUCCACGACUCAGUGUGUACGUGCUAGAUCAUCGACAGUGCCCGGUUGCUCAGGGUGUUACAGGGGAGAUAUACAUCUCGGGUGAGCAGAUCACUCGCGGAUACUGGAGAGAAAACGGCAGGCAUAGCGUGCAACACCUACCAAACCCAUUCGCCUCAUCUCAGGCCCAAAAAUUCAUGUACCGCACUGGCGAUCUAGGAUUCUGGGACGACGAGAUGAAUUUAAAUUAUAUCGGUCGAAUAGACAAUCAAGUCAAGAUACGCGGAUUCCGUGUUGAGCUGGAGGAGAUUGAGCACGCCAUCUUGGGGGCUGAUCUGGACACUCGUGUCCAGAGCGCCGUCAUCAUGGUCGUAGAUGCUCACGCCAAAAAUGGAAACCAAGAUGACCCGACGCAAUGGUCUGAAGCCGACAAGCGCGUCGUUGGCUUCGUGACACCACAAAACGUUAAUUUAGCGGCGUUACGUGCCCGAAUUGCCGCUAUACUGCCCAGUUACAUGUGGCCUUCGCAGAUGAUCACAUUAUCAGAACUGCCUAGGACGAUAAACUCUAAGGCAGACCGUAAGGCACUUAUGGCUCUCGCAGUGUCCAAGUGGUCGGUUGAUAAUAGUGACGGUUUGAUACAGCCGUAUAACUAUAAGAAGAAAGACGAGGCUAGUCUAACAGCGACAGAGAAAACGAUCAGCAAAAUCUGGAAAGAACUGCUCCACCUAGAGCCCCUUUUUCCAAUACAGAAAGACCAAGAUUUUCUAACGAUAGGAGGAAAUUCUGUUCUUGCCAUCAGAGCCGCUCGAGAGCUGGCUUCAUCGAUUGGGCGUCACAUCCCCGUGGCGCUUCUCUUACGAACAACCGUCCUUGAGGAGCUAGCUCUCGCUAUCGACCAGUAUAACACACCCUCUUCAUCUAUAGCCCGAGAUCUUGAAACGGAGUCAUUUUCUGCAUAUCUAUUCUCGUCAGGACUGCAUACUCUUCCAGAUAACGUAUUAUCCAACUCGCCUCACUUAUCGUACAUGGAAGAGGAGCUAUUUUACUCCCACCACGCAUCAGACACCAAGCAAGCAUUCAAUACCAUCAUCCAAUUUGUUCUUAACGGCACAAUUAAUAUUAAGGCUCUUAUUCAAUCCUUUACAGCUAUACAACUAAAUAACCCUAUCUUACGGUCUCGAUAUACUAUCGAUUCGCAGGGCCGUCCUUGCCGUGUAACUAGUGAUAACGUCGCAGAUGCGCGAUAUCUUGUUGGCGACGAAUGGAAUGAUAACAAAAUGCAAGCUUUGGCCGACACGCCGUUCGAUCUGGCCCGACACCAGCUAUUAAGGGUUAUUAUUUGGGACAGGGGUGACAACAAAAAAGCGAAAGAUGCUUCGCGGUAUGUCGUAGAGGUUGCAAUCAUGACCCAUCACAUUAUAACUGAUAGAGCCUCGCUUUCACUAAUGCUGGGGUCCCUGAGCCAGCACUAUCGGCGUGUACAAGCCCAGACAUUACAAGACGGGGCUACAAUCACACCAUCUGUAUCAAAGCAGAAGCCUGGGUCCCGGCAAAUAGGCUAUGCCGACUGGGCUCAUUGGCUUCAUAUCCAUCAACAAACGCCGCGAGCGCAGAUGCAGCUGGAACAAAAGAUGGCCUUCUGGAGGAAAACUCUUGGGAGCAAGUGGCAGAUUCGCACACUCCCAACUGUUCAUCGUCAUGAUCAUCUUGAUUCUUGUACUGAGACGGCUACAAAUCCCGGCGCUUGCCAGCACGUCUCCAUCCCGUGCCCUGAUAAAUGCUCAGACGCGCCUUAUUCGCAGCGCCUCGCCGUCGCAGCUACGGCUCUCGCCCUCCGAGCCAUCUUCGGCAUUUCGGACGUCGCUCUUGCCAUUCCAUAUACGAAUCGUGACGACCCAGCCACAGCCGGCAUGUUGGGUCUGUUUGUCGACCGGCUCCCAAUACGACUGGAACUAUCCUCUGCAGACCUGGCGAGUGCCAAUGUACUACUCGAUCUGGUGUCCUCGGCCACGCAUCAUGCCGUCGAGCAACAAGCACCCUACGCUCGAAUUCGGUCCCAGUUCGUAUCAACUAAUAAUCGCUUCAUCGACGUCCUGGUCAUUUACAACUGGCAGUCAGACGCGCUGGAAACCCGCUUAGAUCUAGGGCCAGAUGUGCAAGUUACUCAGCUGAGCGCCGCUAGGGCUGCGCGGCCAAAGGGUACCAUGUUUCCUCUGUUGUUCGACUACAGUGAGCAAAGGGAUGGGGGCCUUCUACUUCAUGUUGUAUACAAUCCAGAUUUAAUCCCAGCAAAGAUCGUGGCAGCACUGAUAUCGUUGCUCCCAGGGUUGGUACAGGGUCUUAGUGGACACAAGAUUCCGGCACAUGCUUGCUCAACAGACAUUUCAUUUUGA